ACGUAAUUAACAGGUGCUUUAGGUCGUAAUCAUAUUGAAUAGGUGUCAAAGUUGCACAAACUUUAACUUCUUAUAAUAUAAGUCAGCACGUGCUGAAUUAUAGACAUAUUGCAUCAUAUUCCAAAACUGCCAGAAGGGUAUGCCCCUGAAACUAUGACGCAUCAGUUUGCUUGUCACGUGACAGUAAAAAUGGCGAUGUCAGAGUAACACACUCGAAUUCCAUUGCUCAACAUGUGAUGCAAAAAUAUUUGUGGAAUUUAAAAGGAUCAAUGAUAAAUUCCUGACACAUCAUUGCAUCUAGUUUUAUCCUUGAUUGUGAUAAACAUGGAUAAUGAUGAAACUAAGGAGGAAUCGACCUGCGAGGAAGAAAAUGACCAAAACCUUGAUUUGUUACCACAAGCUUCUUCAUUUGGUCCAUCUUUGUCAUCAUCACAAGAUCUACGGCGUCAGAUGAAUCGACCAAACAAGAAGAAGUAUGAAGAGGAGAUGGAGGAGCUACAGAAGUUGAUUCGUGCCAAGGAAGCCGAAAUCAAAACUUCCGGUAAUGCAAAUCCAGAUGCUUCUCCAGUACAACCUCGAGAGCUCCGAGCUGAAAAAGAGGCAGCUAUUAACAAGCGUAAGAAACUAGACAAUGAUUUGAGGCUGCUGAAUGAAGAAAUCAAGAAAAAGAUGGGUCAGUUAUCAAAAACAGAGUCUAAUCUACACUACAAGAAUGAAGCUAAGAUCGAUGAUGCCAUCAGGAAAAUGGAAUGGCAGUUGAAGACUCAAAACUUCAGAUUGUCCGAGGAGAGAAAAAUUGUUGCCGAAGUUGAUAAAUUGAAGCGGUCAAAGAAAGUCCUUGCAGAGUAUUUUACUCAGAAAAAGGAGGUAGACAAAAUGAGGGAGAGUCAGAGACGAAUGAGGGGAGAAAGAGAGUACUAUUAUAAGGCUGUUACUAACAUUAGUAAGCGGGAGGAAGAGCUGAAAAAGGCAAAUCAUGAGAAGAAAGUGAAAAUUGAAGAAAUCAAAAAGGAAUUAGACCAGCUUUACAAUAAGAAGAGGGAGUUAUUUAUGGAGUUCAAGCAAUGUGAGUCUGACUAUCAACAGCAACUAAAGGAACGUCGUCAUUGGUUACGGAAGCAGAGCUUCAAAAAGAAGGAAGAGGAGAGAAAAGCAAAGGAAGAAAUUUGGCAGAAAGAAAUGAUGGAAUACGAGGCUCAGCGGGAACCAUUUGAAGAUGAGAAGAAUCUAUGUAACACUCUUAUAAGUUACCUACAAAAGAGAAACAAUUCAGAAAGAGAGGACAGUAUGUUAUCUAGCCCUAGAGAAGAAAGACCUGAUCUUUCUGCCGGAAUCGGUUUGGCAGACAGUUUGGAUGGAGGUAAAUAUGUUUUACUGAAGAAGUCCGAGGAGGCAGAAGUGGAUUAUUCUGUUGCUAAUAAACCACGUCGUCGCAGCAAAAAGGGCAGAAAACUCUCUGUGACAAAACCUCUGGCGCAUACACCGCAGAUUAUUGCUCAAUUCUCAUCUCUCAACCUGAAUGCACCGUCAAAUAUGUCAGAGCUGGCAGCAUCUAUAGAGCAGCUUCAGGCUAGGAAGAGAUAUUAUGAAGAGGAAACUGGCCAUGUAGCUAGACCGUUGCUAGGCAGCCUAAGUGGGUCAUUCAGUUCAUCAGGUUCAUUGUCUAGCAGUCUAGAUUCACCUCUCAGGGAUCGCUCCAGCACAUGGGGUUUUGUUGAGGUACCCCCUGCAAUAGCAGAAAACCAGACUCCUAGUGAUGCUGGUAAUUCAGCUGAGAGUGGUUUUCAUGACAUGUCCCGACAGGCGAGCAAGACAGAAAGUUCCGAGAGUACCGCAGAAUGUGCACAAAAUGAUCAGGCUUUGGAAGAACUGAUCAAGCAGUCAACAGAGUAUGGUGAGAGUGAAACGUCCCGAUCAUCCAGUGACACAAUAACCCCUGAGGAACAUAUAUGUGAAGACCAGUCUAAAGGAAGUGGUUCACCAAAAAGCAGUCAGGGUAAUAUAGAAAGUGUAUCUGAUAACCAGUCUUUACACUCUCAUGACAAUGACUCAGCAGAAUCUUUAGUAUUUGAAGAGAAUGCAAAGUCUAACCUCCUAAAUGAAGAGUAUCUCAGGGGCAUUAAUGCAGAAGGGAUCAUUAAUGCUAGAAACUAUGAUACAGAUUUCCCACCAGCUUUAAAAUCAGACAUUGCUGACAGGGAAGUUUUAAGUGAUAAAUUAAACUGUGAUGUUGUUAAAGAUAAAAACUUGAACCAGGAGCAUGGCAAUGCUUGGAAACAAGAACCCGGUUCAGAAUCUGGUGCGAAGCCAAAAGACAAGUUUGUGAGCGGAGGUGAAAAUGUGGUAAUUCCUGGAGAACAGUCAUGUGAUGAUAGUCAGUGUGAUAAUAAUGUACUGGAAGUUGGUUCAGGUAGUGAUAUUGACAAAACUUCAGGUAUUGAGGCAGGUAUUGAGGCAGGUAUUGUUACAGAUGGAAGCAAUUCUGUAGUACAGACUAUAUCUGAAACCACAAGUGAUAACAAUAACACUGGCGAGGAGGUUGGUGAAACUGAAGACGAAGUAACCCAUUUGUGAUACUUGUUGAAAUUUUAGGAGGAAAAAAAGAAGAGAGUAUUUUUUAGAUGAACUGUAAAAAAAAAGAAAAA